AUAGGUCUUGCUCUUGCAGAACUAGAACUAGAAGUAGAAAACAAAAAUCCUUUCUUCAAAGGGGCAAAGGCAAUUUUGUUUUGGGGCUUUAGGGCCGGGGGGGAGCCGCAAAUGGUCAGAAGACUAAACUGAAAAUGGCGCUUCUACUCCAUUCCAUUUCCUCUUCCAGUUUUAUCGCCAAGAAACCCCAUCUUCUUCUUCUCCACGCCUCUCUCCUUCCUUUCCCCUCCAAACCCACUUCCCUCUCCAUCAAAUCCCAGGACUCUUCUGCUCCCCAGCCCGACGAUGGCUCUUCAUCCAUCCCCAAGAAACCCACCUCGCCAGGCCUUGGAUUUGGCUCUGCGUCUUCGUCCUCUUCCAAAUCAAAACCCAACCCUGUCAGUUCCAAGAAGAAACAGAAGGGAAAGAGAGAGAGGGCAUCGAUAACUCGCCGGUCGCCGAUGGAAAAACCCGAGUUUGUGGCGCAGCAAGAUGAGGCUCAGGCCAAGGAUCAGGUUCGGAAUGAGAAUGCUUUUCUUCUUACUUGGUUGGGUCUCGGCGCGCUUAUUCUUGUCGAGGGCAUUGCUCUGGCGGCAUCAGGAACUUGUAAUUGAGCUCUCACUUGCAUCAUUGAUCACUGCUGUAUGCUUCUGGGAUAAAUUUCAUUCGUACGUAGACGAACAAAGUUGUUUUAUAAAAAGCUUGCCAGAGUUUUGAGAAUGCUACAGGACUCAUGCGGUAUCAUCAAAACGGGUUUGCCAAUGCAUGGCACAGUCAUCAAAUGAAAUGCCCCUUCAGUGUGCUGUCAUUUUACUCAAACACAGAUAAGCUUUUCUCUUGCUUCUUUCCUUUAGGUAAUAUGACAGCAUCAGUCUUGCUGUCAUAUGAUUGUUGAUUCUUAAUUUUUCCUAGUCCUGCAAAUCUUAUGGAUGUUGACUUUUAUUAAAUAUAAUUUUUUCUUUGCUUUCUUCUUACAGUUUGACUUACCUGAUUCUUGUGGUCCUUGGACUUGGCCCAACAUUAUUUUGAGAGACUAAUGGGAACGAAUUUCUUCUGUGAGCUGGUUUUGUGCUGCAAUAGUCAAUCCUUGCAUUUAAAGACGUGCACAGUGCAAGCAUCAGUGUAUAGGACUUCCCUCACAAAGUAGAAUAAGCUAGGACUUCCCUAGAAGAUUAUGUCCUUCUAGUUAACCUUUUCUUCACCUUCUUUUCCCUCACCAAGUGGUGGAUCUCUGGCAUUUCCAUUUGCAGUAAAUCUCAAGCAAAACCAAAUUGGUAACCCCCACUUCCCUGUCCGGAUUUAGACUCAAUUUAGAAACGUGUAUGUUGGGCAAACAUGUUGGCCUGGUGGGGUAUUUAUGAUCGCUUCAUCUUGAA